AUGGAGCCCGAGAUCGUCAAACUUGCAACAAAGAUAUACAUCACAACCCCAAGCACUUUUACCAAGAAAGAAUACGCCCCAGCUGAACGGCCAACGGAUAUACAGGGCAAGCCUAUUGUAUGGAAAUGGGCUUCUGAACGCCUUCAAAAUGAAGGGAUGGCUUUGGCCCUCAUCAAAGACCACACCACAAUCCCUGUACCAAGAGUUAUUCAAUGUGGCCCAGACAGUGACGGCGCUAUGUGUCUGGAGGUCCAAUACAUCGAUGGUAUUCCUUGCGAUGUUGCUGGAGAAAAAUGCCGGAUGCCGCUCGACCAAGCUCAUACCACCGGCCAUUGCCCGGAGUGUCAGAAGAUCGCAUCCGAAAACACAAACAUCUUUAUCGAAACGGAGGUCAUACCGCAGCUCAGACUACUCAGGUCCAACAAGACUGGGCUUAACGGUGUCGUCAUACCGCCCCCUCGGAUUGAGCAGUUUGACUGCAGGGAUGUGUGGCCCCCCAAAAAGUCCUCAAAGGGCGAGGAAUACGUCUUCUGCCACGGCGACCUCACUCGUUCCAACGUCCUACUUGACCCCAAUACCCUCAUGGUCAAGUCCAUCAUCGACUGGGAGUCUGCAGGGUUUUCCCCAGAGGAACUUGAGCUUAGCCUAUGGCGCCUAAACUACGACGAAUACAUGAGAACAUUUGAGGACACGGACAAGAUCAAGCAGGAAAUCGAGCUCAUAACGGCCUAG